AUGGCUUCCUUUCUGGACCGUGGUUAUGCUAAUUGCAAUCAGGUGUUCGCCUUAGCUAACAAUAUAACCUUCCUCCUAGGUUCCAUCGAUAAGCUCUGCCACGAGCGGUCAGAGCUAUCGCCGGAGGACAUCGAGGUCCUGAUGCGGAUGUGCCGUGCCACCGCCAUCAACGGAGGUCGUGCCAUGGCCAGCGCCCAGCUCGACAUACAGGUGAUCAUCAAACGCCUGGAGGCGGCGGUCCGAGGCUCGCAGCAGCUCGCCCCCCACCUCCAGCCCCGCCGUGUGCCGAAUCUAACACGCUGGCGUCCAGCAACUUUUACCAACGUCCAGCGGCCUGUCCAGCGGGGCCGCGUCCCUCCGGCUCACUCAGGUAUCAGUCCCAACUCCCUGCCGGGAGGGGUUGGAGGUCCGGGUCCAGGUCUCCUUGGGGCGGAUUACUUCAAUGGUCAGCCUGUGUCAGAGCUCAUCUCUCAGCUCCUGCGGGCGGAGCCAUAUCCCAACAACCGAUAUGGGGCCCCGUACAGCCAGGCACAGAUGCAGGCAUCUGCGAGCGGAGCCUCCGUCAUGGGCAUCGACAGCAUCUGCGAACUGGCCGCACGCCUCCUGUUCAGCACCAUUGAGUGGGCCAGGAACAUCCCAUACUUUCCAGAGCUCCCAGUCUCAGAGCAGGUGGCGCUCCUGAGGCUGAGCUGGAGCGAGCUGUUCAUCCUGAACGCAGCUCAGUCGGCUCUCCCUUUGCACAUGGCUCCUCUGCUGGCUGCUGCCAGCUUUCACUCUUCCCCAAUGUCGGCCGAGCGUGAGGUGUCCUUCAUGGACGAGGUCAAGGCCUUCCAAGACCAGGUGGACAAGCUGAAGAGGCUGCAGGUGGACUCGGCUGAGUACAGCUGUCUCAAAGCCAUUGCACUGUUUUCCCCUGAUGCAUGUGGCCUGACAGACCCGGCCCAUGUGGAGUCACUGCAGGAGAAGGUGCAGGUUGCUCUGAGAGAGUACGAGAUUCUGCAAUAUCCCAACCAACCUCAGCGCUUCGGCCGCUUGCUGCUGCGCCUUCCUGCCCUGCGUGCCGUGCCGGCCAACCUGAUCUCCCAGCUGUUCUUCAUGCGACUGGUGGGAAAGACGCCAAUCGAGACGCUGAUCCGAGACAUGCAGCUAUCCGGCAGCUCCAUCAGCUGGCUCUUCGCCCCAAGGCAGUAA